AUGGGCCAAAUAACCAUCUUUACCAAGGAAGAUGAUCCUCACUGUGUGGCGGUUCGAUUGGAUUUGAAGGAAUGUCACUUGCCCUUUCAAGAGAUUGUGUUGGAUCCCUCCGAACGACAAACGGUUCCCGAAAUUUUCUUUGACAACCAUCCCGUUCCCGGUGGCAUCAAUGAGUUGCUGACCAUUCUGCAAAAGUGGGAAGUAGUUGAAGGGCCCGACGGAAUUCCCCAACUGCAGCCGAUACGGUCGUCGUUUCGACACCAUGACCCUCGGAACCGAUACUACGACAAUCAUCCUCCACAACAACAGCCAUACCCCCACCAACAACACGAUCAUCAUGACCACAAUGAUAACCAAGACUUCCCGCGUCACACGGAUCCGUACCGUCAACCCAAUCACAACAGUUAUGAUCCGCCACCGCCACAAUCCCACAGCAGUCAUCAUGAUGCUCCAAGGAGUUCUCGUAGUAGUCGUCGACAAGAAGAACAAGAACCCAACGAGGAUGAGUUUCAUAAAAGACUGCAUAGGAGGGACAACCGGAGGCAACCACAGCCAUCCAGCAGUCAUCAUAGCAGCACUCAUAAUAAAAAUGACAGAAGAGACGCCUUUCAGAAAAGAGAUGUCUAUCAACGCCAUUCCUUUCAUGGCAGAGAAUUGAGACGAGAAGUCGAACAAGAAAUGAUGUUUCAUCCUCAGCAGCAACAGCCAGAUGGUCAUUAUGACGGGAAUCCGGACUACGACAACAACAGCAACAGAAACCAACAAUACCCACCAGAAGACGACGAAGAAGAAGACAAUGGGGGGUAUGGGUAUCUUGGUGAUGUUACUCGGGCCAACCGUCCCGACAAUUUUCUCAGAGGCUCCGACACCAGCAAUCACAGUACCGCAAGUAACAUCAGUAAUCACAGUACCGCAAACAAUAUCAGUAAUCACGGCAGUGCCAUGCUGCGAAACUCCAGACGACGAGCCUUUCAACAAAAAACCUCCUAUCAACGACACUCGUUCCAUGGGAAGGAACUCUUACUUCGAGAGCAACAAAAACAACAAGAUCGAUAUAAGGAUGACGAUCAACCCUUUGUUCGACGAAACUCGGGAGGGAAACCACAACAGCAACAACUGCAGGCCAAUGACAAUCGCCGCGAGCAAUUUCGCAGUCAUAAUAAAUAUGAAAGACACUCGUUUCAUGGGAGAGAAUUGCAAAAGCAACACUAUAAUCAGCAGCAGGAACUCCCAAUGCAUUCCUUUCGAGACUCGACACAUUCACAGGAUGGGACUGCCAGUGUCCAUAGCAAGCAGCAAGACUACGACGCCGAUGGCGAUCUGGAUCCUACCUUUGCCGAAGACGAAGAUGACAUUUACAAUGAGCUGCACAAUCAUCAUCAUCAUCAACAAGAUUCCAACGCAGAAUCUUUCCACGAGUCUACCAACAGCAAAUUUCAAAAUUCGCAAAAGUCAAUGCUGUCCGCCAGAAGUUUGUCCAACAAGAGCUUACUGUUGGAUCUAGAAGAGGAGGAUGAGGAUGAGAGCGAACGGACACCCAUCAUGGGAAGGGCACGACAACAUCGAUCCAAGCAGGACCUCAACGCGUCCAGCAGUAUUCGGGACCUUAGCAUGUCACGAUCGAGUAUCCGCGACCUCAACAUUUCACGAUCGAGUAUCCGAUCCAGCAUGCAUGGAAGCAGUGCUGGAAAUUUCAACAGUUCAAAUGCGUCCAUCUCGACCGAAGAUUUGGCGUAUCAUGAAGAAGCAUCGGAACAUGGUGACGCAGCAACUGCAGGCGGUGCCGCCAAACCAAAACCCACCUCGGUGUUUUCUCUGGGUGCGAGUAGUCCUGCGUUGAAUCGAUCGUUUCGAAACUCAAGCAGCAAGAGCAUCAACGCCCGAAUGUACGGUCGCGCGACAUCCAUGCGCUAUUUGGGGCCCAAAUCUUCCUUUGACUCGACGGACAGCAGCAGCAUUGCUCACGACACGCGUAGUCGAUCGAUGAAUCUCUCCAACAGUAGUGCCAGUAGCCAUCUCAGCAAUCCACCCAGUACGGCGCCACGGCGCUCCGUUUCACCGGUUCCGACGGGGCGAUCCAAGGCACGCACGCAGGCGUUGCAGCGAAAGUCAGCCCGUACCUUGUCCAAUCGAAGUCUCAUGAAUAUGAUGAGCGCCAAAGGAUGCGAUGAUAGUUCCAGUUCCAUGUGGUCCAGCUCCACAGGACCGCCCAUCAAGGACGACAAGAGAAUGGUGGAGUUGCCCUUGGGUUGCCUCAAAUCAGUUCUGGAAGCCACCCGGGAGCUGCAAAGAAUUUUUCCACGAGAUUCCUUAAAGUACAACCUAACAACCUACAGAGAGAGCUUUACCGGAAGCACAGCAGCAGCUACACUUCAGGAAGCAUAUGGGCUUUCCAAGGAAGAGGCUCGGAUUCUGGGGAAAUCGCUGCAUCAGGCCAAGCUACUUCAUCACGUGUGUAACGACCAUGGGUUCGAUGACACCGCCAAACUUUUUUUUCGCUUGCAAUGCCAUCAAACACCAGAAAUAUUGAACUCUUUCUGCGUCUGGCGGGAUGAAACCACACUCACAAAACACGGAGAAGAAGUUAUGCUGGCUGUCAUGGCAAAAUUGCUGCCUCUCCUGGCAGCCAUCACUGAUUCAGUGAAGGGAAGAGUCCACUACUCGCGCGCGGCAAAGCACCAUGAGUGCCUCGUUGCAGAGCUGGAUUUUGCAAUUUGUGAACUCCAGAUGGUCAAGUUGGCACGAUUGGACAAGAAGAGCCUUGUUGCAUUUGGUUUGAAUGUCUAUCAGCUUUUCUUGCACUAUGCAUUCAUCAAAGUUGGCAUCCCAGGAUCAAGCUCAGGGUUCACAUCUUUUUGGACCAGUCUCAAAUUCAAUGUUGGUGGGAGUCUAUACACCUUCUCUGAUUGGUGGAAUGGCAUCUGCCGAGGCAAUCGGAAAGGACCUUAUGGACCCAAGCCCUUUCAAGGGAAGGACUCACGCAUGUUUCUAAACCUAGCCGAUCGAGUUGAUCCGCGCAUCCACUUUGCGGCCGGCAUGACCCAUUUCAUGCGUCCGAUGUUCGUUUAUUCUGGCGCGCAAGUGGACUUGGAACUCGAGCACGUGGCACGCAUCUAUUGCAAGAAUGUUGAGUUCGUCUGGAUGGAGAUAUCGACAAAUACGCUGACCGUGGCACCGUACUUUCAAACUUACAUGUCAGACUUUGCAUCAAGCAAGAACGGUUUGCCAAAAGCUUUAAUGCCGUUCAUGCCCGGGAAGGAGAAAGCUCAUAUCGAUGAAAUGUUGACAGUCGCUCGGAAGAUCAAGGUUGAGUUUCACGACAAGGUGAAAAACGAUGGCUGGAGCGAGUACGCCGGUGAGCACUUCGUGUACACAUCCGCACCCAGAGCAGAUAAGAAGGCUCUGGUGAAGAAGAAGUCGGAUGCACCUCGGAGAGAAGUCAAGAGGUCAGGCAGCCUCAAGUCGCUCUUUCGACUUGAAGGAGCAGCCGCCUCAUAA